CGAAAUUCGCUGCCCCUGUAGUAAAUGUGGAAAUUUACCUCACCACAAUAGGGCAGUUGUAACAGACCAUCUCUUGAGAUAUGGUUUCAUGGAUGCAUAUUCUGUGUGGUGGGCACAUGGUGAAACUUUAAGUAACAAUGUUGAUCCAUGGUUUGCCGCAAGUGAUGUGGCAUCCUCAAGUAAUAUUGAGGAACAUGGUAAUGCUGAGGAUGAUUUCCAUCACAUGGUUUAUGAUGCAUUUUGUCCAUCUGAGAAUGAUCGCCAUAGAAAUGAAAUAGAGUUUGCAUCUGAAAAUGUUGGAGAUGCGCCAAAUAAUAAUGCACAAUCUUUUUAUGACUUGUUGCGUGCUUCAACCAUCCCGCUUGGACCAGCAUCUAAUAACCAGACAUUGCUUGGUUGGUUAUCAUAUAUGCUGCAUACCAAAGCCAAAAACAACAUAAGUGGUGUUGGUUACAAUGAGAUCAUUCAUGGCUGUAGAAAAUUGUUAAGUCCGGAAGAUCAGCAAAAAGUACCGUCAAAUUUUUAUGAAGCAAAGAAAUUCAUGAAAAGCCUAGGUUUAGGCUAUGUCAAAAUUGAUGCAUGUGUUAACAACUGCUUUCUGUAUUAUGGUGAUGAGGCUAAGUCACUUACUGCUUGUCCAGUUUGUGGUGAACCUAGGUAUAAAAGACGCAACUCGGCUCAAACUGGAAAAAAGGAUAGGCCGAGGAAUUCUUCGUGGUAUCUACCCAUUAUUCCACGCCUACAGAGGCUGUACAUGUCUCGUAAAACUGCUGAGCAUAUGACAUGGCACCUUAAAUGUUGUGUUGACUCAGAGAUCCUCAUUCAUCCAGCUCAGUCUAAUGCUUGGAAGCACUUUGAUGCUGUUCAUCCUUCAUUUGCAGCUGAUCCGCGAAAUGUACGGGUUGGUCUUGCAACAGACGGGUUUAACCCAUGGGGUCACUCUUCAAGGUCAUAUUCCUGGGUAGAAACAUUUGACAGCUUCCGUAAACAGAACUUCACAAUGCGAGCCAUGCUUAUGUGGACCAUAACGGAUUUCCUCAGCUAUGGUAUGGUUUCUGGAUGGAGCACGCAUGGCCGUCAGUCUUGUCCAUAUUGCAUGGAAAUGACUCGUGCUUUUUACUUGCAAAAUGGUCGCAAGAUCUCAUUCUUUGACUGUCAUCGACAGUUUCUUCCUGCAUCACACUCGUACAAAAUGGAUACAACUCAUUUCCUUAAGGGCCGCUUUGAAUUUGGCCCCCCUCCUCCACGAUUAGAUGGUCAUUCUGUUCGACUUCAAGUGGCCACACUACCUGAUGUUUUAUUUGGAAAUCCAUCAGUAAACCAAACUAUUUUAGGGUUCGAUGAAACACACAAUUGGGUGAAACGGAGUAUCUUCUGGGAACUCCCAUACUGGGAGGAUAACCUGAUCAGACACAAUCUUGAUGUCAUGCACUGUGAGAAGAAUUUCUUUGACAACAUCAUACACACAGUCAUGGAUGACUCGUCCUCAAAAGAUAAUGUUAAGUCAAGAAUGGACUUACCAUUGUACUGUGAUAGGGAAGAACUACACUUGUACUAUGACCAUGGUUUUGCAUCUAACAUCGCACAUUGUGUGAACUUAGCUGAGUUACGCUUAGUUGGAUUGAAGAGUCACGAUUGCCACAUAUUCAUGCAGCGCCUCAUUCCAAUUGCUUUCCGUGGCUUGUUGCCAGAUUCUAUAUGGGGUCCAUUAACAGAAACACGCUGUCUAACUGCUCAAGAGAUGAAGGCGGCUGAACUUUAUGUUCUACUAAACUGUAGGGAAGUUGAUGCGCUUCUUAGGAUGUCAGGCAGGCCCAUUAACUCCGCACGGAGUCGCACCACAUCAGGGAGACGAGGACGUCACGACGCUGUAGAUCUUGCACGUGAUGUUACCCCAGUAAUGAACGCGGGGCAUACUCAGUCUAUUAGUCCACAGGGUUCUAUUCAUGUAGCAGCCGCAUCCUCUAGCCAGAAGCAGAAGGGAAGAGGUCCAAACAAAUCGAAAAAGGCUGCAAGAAGACCAGAUGAGAGACCAUUUAUACAAAUUUCGCAUAAAAGUACAUUCUUGGAUGUUGAAGUCCCCAGAUUGAUUACGACCCUAUGGAAGAGGGUUUAUGAUGGUGAUUACUUCACGUAUGAGUUGUUCCCAGAACACAAAAGGGUGCAAGUGUGGGAGUUGUUUAAGACACAUUAUCAAUGGCCUGUAGAGGAUGAGGAUGCGAUUCGAAAGGCGUUCUUAAGAUCAAUGAAGAAAGGAUGGGGCGAUAAUAUGAAGGAUGAGCGGGAUAAGUGGCGUACAAAUGGUGAGUAUAGGCCAGUAUGGGUGCCCGAGCACCUAUGGCUUACAUUAUGCACUUAUUGGGAUUCUGAUGAGUUUCACAUUCUUAGCGAGAGGGGGAAGAAAAACCGAGCAUCUGGGGAACGAGUUUCAGACACUACAGGAUCAGUGAGUUUUGAUGUACAUGAAGAACGGAUGGAUACGUAUGUCAGUGAGUGCUCUGCUACUUAUGGCUCGGACUCAGCAUCAUGGCCGCCACGGGACAAUGACGCUUGGGCAGUUGUUGUUGGUGGAUGCCAUAGCAAUUUCAUGCCGGGAAUUGGUUCACAUGUAAACCCAGAGGAACUUGGGUUUACAUAUAGAAAGCGACAACCAAAGGGGAAUUCAUAUAUGAGCUUGAUGUUAUCAGACAUGGCCGAAAAACAAGCGAAAGAUAGGGAGGCAAUGCAAAUGAUGCGAGAUGAAAUAGGGCAAGUCAAAGAGCAACGAGAAGCAAUGCAACGGAUGAUGGAAGAAAUUGGGAGGAUGCAGGCUUCUCUAUCGCAGCAAUUCACUGCUUUUAGUGCGUACGGGAUGCGCCUGCCUAGUGCUACCCCAUCGUUGCCUCACACAGGGCAAGCAUUUCCUCCAAUAAGGACAUCAUUCCCUACUGUUGGGCCAUCGUUUCAUGCUAGUGGGCCAUCAUUUCCUCAUGCAAUGCCAAUGCAACUCCCGAUAGAACCUGCAUUCCCAAUGGGCCAAAUGGGGAGACAGUCAGAAGCUCCAAAUACAUCUUCACCCAAUCCCCCGCAAGAUGAGUUUGGUUAUCAGCCGAGAUUUGAUACAGAUUACCAAGGUCCUUUUGGGCCCGAAUAAUCAGUGUGCAUGAGGUUGUGAACUCAAAACAUGGCAUGUUCUUGCUACUUAAGGAAAAUACUUUUAUUUUUUGGAUGGACGAUUUGAACUUGUUAGGACAUGAGUGUAUAUGUCAGUUGGAAUUGAAUGGUUUGUAGUAACAUUAACUAAAUUAUUAUGACUUGC